CAUUGAUGACUCCUGUUUCUCCUAGGAAACGGUUAAUUGUUCGGUGACUCAGCCCGCCUCAGCUUCGUGGCCCUGCCCAGAGCGGCAAAGCAAUGAAGUGCUUCACACGUACUGAUGUGUGUGUAAAAAGGGAACACGGCUGAUCGAGUGGAGAAACAAGCUCUAUUUUUAGCGAAGCCGUUCAUGAGAUAAGCCACCAUGAUUGUAGUGGAGACUUUAGGCACCGAAGAAGGAAGUACCUCCUCGUUGCUGGAAACCCGAAAAUAAACGAGAGCCCGUUUGGACUGAAUCGUGCUAGGCGGAGGAGAGGAUAGGGUGGAGGUGUUGUUCUAACCCGCCGCCCCGGAGAAGGGGGCCGGACCUUCCUGUCCGGUGUGCGAAGUGGUCCGCCCGCAGGGACUGGCAAUGCCAGACAGGCACCUGCUCAAACUCUGGGGCCGCGCACACUGCGCUCCAUGCGGAUUUGAGCCGAGCGAUUCGGACUGUGCAGCCCCAGGCUCCUCGCGCAGACCUCUCUGUUAUUUCCCACUGGAUUGAUCGCGCCUGCAGAUGUAUUGCGUCUGACAGUUGUCUGAACUUUCAGAGCAAUCUGGAACUGGGCCGUUUAAAGACAGAGGAACCUUUUGAUUGUUUUGACGGAGAUCGGAGGAGCCGUAGGUUUGACAUCUUAUUUCCCCCAUACUAGAGAACGUGAUGGGUCCGGGCCGCGGCGCUGUGCUCCAACUGCUCCGCGCCUCUUUCACCUUCCUCGUGUGUGGAAAUGCCGCGCUCUCGCCGGCUAACAGCAGUGAAGGGUGCGCGGAUCGUGCGGAUGUCGGGAAGGUCGCUUCUCAUGCCAAGAUCGUCAAAAGGGGAACUCCAAGUAAUUCCAUAGGCACAAAAGUAUCAGAGCCAUUUUUUGUAAUUGGCAAUCAGAUGUUCAACUUAAUGGAUGCUUUUCAUGUCUGGAGGCCUUCUGAUCCUAGCUUCGGUCACGCACUCAUCCCAGACCGGGACUUAGCUUCUCUCCAACGGCCAGGACUCCCACGCUGGAGAUUACCUGCUCAAGUCUCCCGGCUCCUACUGUCUUCCACGGAUAGUUAUCCAGAUCAGCUACAAUGUGGAUUGGAAGUAGAAGGGAAUCUGAUGUUACUUGACUUGGAAAAGAAUGAGAACCUAGUUACUUUCUUGAAAAACAUAUACUUUUACCAACAAGACGGUGAAUUGGUCACUGAAGACAUUGGUAACCAGAUUCAUUGCCAGUACCAGGGGAAGGUAAGAGGCAUUCCUGGCUCUCGUGUUGCAAUCAGCAUUUGCUCUGGACUUAGGGGUAUGAUAUCUCUUGCUGCCAACCUAACCUACGAGGUGACAUCAGGCAAAGAAGGAAUUCAUUAUGUCCGAAGAACCCAAGAUGUGGAAAACCACCAUGGCAAAUGUGUAGUUAUUCAGCCACCAAAGAUUCAGCGUACUCACACUUUAACGCUGCACAGUGAAAAAGCAGAGCAUCUCCUGAGAAGAAAAAGAGAUGUUCUCUCAGAAACGAAAUAUAUUGAACUGGCACUAGUGGUGGAUAACUCAUUGUUUCAGAGAUAUAACAGCAGUAUGAAGACUGUGAAAAACAGAAUGAUGGAUUUGGCUAACCAAGUUGACUAUUUUUUUCGGCCUCUGAAUGUGCGCAUUGCUGUGGUGGGAAUUGAAAUCUGGAGUAUCAAAAACGAGAUUGCCAUUGACAAAAACCCCAAUAAAACUUUGAAUCGCUUCCUGGAUUGGAGAAGACAAAUUUUGCUGCCAAGGCUGCAACAUGAUAAUGCCCAGCUUAUUACAGCUGGCACUUUUGAAGGUGCCACAUUAGGCACAACCUUUCAGUCCUCUAUGUGCUCCAGAGAUCAUUCGGGAGGUAUCAAUGUGGACCACUUAGUUAGUGUGCUGGGGAUAUCUUCAACAAUUGCCCAUAACCUAGGGCAUAAUCUAGGCUUCAACCAUGACAGCAAAGAGCGAAAGUGCCGGUGCGAUAUUGAGCCAAGACUAGGGGGCUGCAUCAUGGAGCCAUUAACAGGAUUCUUGCCAGGCCAGACCUUCUCCAACUGCAGCAUCCAGGAUCUUUCUACAAGCUUGCAGCAUGGUGGAGGGAUGUGUCUCUUUAAUGUGCCUGCUCCGCAGAGGCUAUCAGGAUGGCCACGUUGUGGAAACUUAUAUGUCGAGAAGGGAGAAGAGUGUGACUGUGGGCUCCUGGAUGAGUGCAAGGACCCCUGCUGCAAUGCCAGCACCUGCAAACUAGCAUUUGGCGCAGAGUGUUCUUCCGAUGGGGUCUGCUGUGAAAACUGCAAGUUUCGCUCUGCUGGCUCAGUAUGCAGGGAGCCCUUUGGUGAAUGUGAUCUACCAGAACACUGCAAUGGAUCAUCUCCCUUAUGCCCUGCUAAUGUCUUCAUUCAGAAUGGAAACACUUGUCAGCAGGGAGAAGCUUUCUGCUACAAUGGAAUCUGCAUUACAAGUGAAAUGCAGUGCCAGGCUCUCUGGGGACCUAAUGGCACUCGUGCUGAUGACAUUUGCUUCAGUUCUUUCAACAAACAGGGUGACAAAUAUGGCAAUUGUGGCCAGCGUUCCGAUGGCUCCUACAUAGCCUGUGAUGACCAAGAUGUACACUGCGGAAAAAUCCAGUGUAGAGGUGGAAGCAAUCGUCCCCUGUUGGGCUCCAAUAUAGAGAUAAUCAAUAUGAGAGUGCGGGUUAAUAAAACUGAUAUACCUUGUAGGAAAACCUAUAUCAAUUUCGGCAAUGAUGUGGUCAACCAUAGCCUAGUCAUGCCAGGCACUGCUUGUGGAAAAAACAAGGCUUGCAUCAACAACAAAUGCCAGGAUGUGUCUCUGUUUGGUGUGGUCGAUUGUCAAAAGAAGUGUAACAAACAUGGGGUGUGUAACAGCAAUGAAAACUGCCAUUGUGAUCCAGGCUGGGCACCUCCUGACUGCAAAGUGGCAGGGAAUGGAGGAAGUUUGGACAGUGGACCAGUUUUGUUAAGAAAAGCAAACCAUCGGAGCAGUGUGACUCUGCUUGUGUUUUUCUUGUUCAUCUUGCCAGUAGCAGUCCUGUGCCUUUUACUAGUUUGGCAUAGGCGUCGAAAACAAAAGAUCUGCUGGGGAAGCAGUGCCUUUCAAAAGGGGCCCAGUCGUCCACAAAGCAGAAGAGUGAGGGAAACUUGCAUCGUCCAUUUUACAGAGGUGACCUCAGUGGAUGAUCUCCAAGAAAACCGAACCAUGGCAUCAGACUGGAACAACAGCACCAGAGAACAGGUCCUACCUCUUCGGUAUCAAUGGAUGCAGAACAAUGAUAUCCCCAUCACACCCCCAUUUCAUAAGGUAUCUUGCAGACCAGCUCCUCCUUCAAAGCCUCUACCUCCAGAUCCGGUGCUGAGGUCCAGCCAGCCUGAAGUUCCUGUCAGACCUGCCCCUCCCAGCAAGCCGCUGCCACCUGACCCUGUCAGCAAAGACAGCCAGAUGAAUAUACAUACUCGUCCACCACCACCACAGAAACCUCUGCCAUCUGAUCCUCCAAGCCGGCCACUUUCUGGAACAACUCUACAAUGUGAACCUGACAUGAAUGUAGUUCCUGCCAAUGGCGCCAGUGCAGGUCUUGUACCUGCAAGACGUGCUCCUCCCCCACCUUCAGCACGAGGCUGUCACCCUACAACUAGUGAGCCAGGUGUUUUUGUGUGAACUCAAGUGUCUACCAAUAAGGACUUGCUAACUUAAGAAUCUCAGGUGGCUGACUUCGCACCAUGGGCCUGAAUAUGCUGCCUUCAAAAAAAAAAUUCCACUUUCUGAAGAAAAAAAAACUAUACACAUGUCAAUUUUUCUUGUGUUCGCCACAGAUGAAUUUUGUCUGUAACAGCAACACGUGGAGUAUGUCAGAUCAGCAGCGAGUUUAAAGUUCUGGUGCUCAAAAUGACUCGAGUAUAUCAUGGGAGUAAUUGCUGGUGCUUUUCUGCAAGAUGCUCAUAAAGCCUCAUCAGAUCUGCAAGGGUUUUGUCCAGCUGGCUUGGUCAAGAUACACUUUGAAUGUCUUCCCAACUUUUAAAACCACAAGCAAGUUAUCUUCUUCAUUUUCUUCAAAGCUUUUUUUGAAGUGAACUACUUUUGGUUCAUUACAUUUUGAACUUAAAAUAUGACCUUUUAGAAGUUGUUUCAGCAAUAUUCAUUAAAAAUGGCAGGCUUUAUACAACCUUUCAAUAAACUAUUAUGCACUGUUUCAUUUUUUUUGCACUGACUGGUGUCUGGACAAAAGCAUAUUUUGGGGAUUCCGUCUACAAAUGAAAGACCAUGUUUCAACUUUUUGAAGUGACAUAUGAGACUUGGAAAUGGACAGUGAACCUCUUCAGUUUUUAAUUACAGGAGUCACCUUACCUUAAGUGUAAAUACACCAUGAAGAAAGGUUAUUCAUUCUAACACCGAAAGCUCUUAUUUUUCAUUGGGUAUAUACUUAACAAGCAACAUUUUUUUAAGUGCUAAUAAUUAACUGCACAGUGUUGCUCCUUUUUUGUAAUCCACAUAAAUGCAGAGAGAACCUCACCUACUACUGAACUGUAAAUGUGUCUAGAUAGUUAUUAGAAGAAUGAAACCUAAGGGAUAAAAGAACAUUAAUCACUAGAAUUCAAGGAAAUAAAGUGUCCUAAGGUUUUGAGCUUAAAAUGGAACAUGUUCCUCUGCAAAUGUGAUGACCGUAUAAAGAAUGUUUACACAAUAUUUAAUAGAAGUGUCGGAUGGAUUAAAAGAUUGUUUUAAUCACUUUCUUUACAAACAAAUCAACAACAUAAAUUCUAAACAGUUAAACUUUAUUUCAUAAGGAAACACAAACAAUGAGUGCCUCCUGCAUUGAAAAAGAAGACAUUUUCCAAAGACAUCUUUUGUAAUGUUUAAUGCCAAAUGUUUGUGUUUUUAAUCAUUUUAGAGUAUGUGCAUUUUUUAAGGUGGACCUAUGCAAUGUGACAUUCUGUAAAAUAAAGGUGGCUAAAUAAAGGGCACUGUUGAAAUUAGCUCAAUGAAAAUUUAAA